AUGCAUAUUCCUACUAUUUUAAUUAUUGGUGCAGGACCUGGUGGAUUAUUACUUUACCAUGGAAUUCAAAAACAUUUGAAUAAAAAUGAGAAAAAAUUUAACGUAAAAAUAUUUGAGCGAGAUACAGAUCCACGAGACCGAUGGCAAGGAUUUAGUGUGGCCAUUAACUCUCGUGGAAUGAGAUCAUUAAUUUCUUGCCUUCCGAAGUCUCUAGUUACUCGUCUUCCCGAAGUUAUGCCAAUUCCAAUCUCUGAGAAAGAUUGUUAUGGGAUAUUAGUUAGCGAUGAUAGAGGAAACGAAUUAUUAAGAGUGGCCUCGGCACAAGUUAGAUCUUUAUUCGAAUUGCCAAAUAUGUCUAAUUCUACCGUUGCUACUUAUAGAGAUAGAUUAAGAGAUUUGAUGUUGGAAGGAGUGAAUAUUCAAUGGAGAAAGAAAUGUAUUGGAUACGAUGAAUGUAACGAUGAAGUUUGGGCAAUCUUUGAAGACGGAACUAGAGAGAGGGGGGAUAUCUUGAUCGGAUGCGACGGAAUUCAUUCUCCAAUUCGGAAGCAAAGACUACCAUAUUUACGAAUGUUUGAUUAUGGAAUUACACAAAUAGUCAUGAAAUUCGUUUUAAAUAAAAGGCUCGUGGAUCGGAUUAUUAUGAAUGGAAAUAGUCUAACUCAACAAUCUAUCUCUCGAGAUGGUGACGCAUUAACUUUAGGUUUUCGUUUAAUACCAAUCGAAGUUGAUAUAACGGCAAAUACAUCAGAUGAUCAGAUUCAUUAUCCAGCAAUGAUUCACUACGCUUAUUAUACGCACUGGGAUACGAGAAACCAAAAUGUUCAUGUAAAUGAUGAUGAUCCUCAAUCAGUUAUUGAUCAUGUUAAAAAUUUGAUCAAACAACAUAGACGACCUAGUAAGUUGACCGAUCUUUAUUUGGAAUUGCUCUCCUUGGUUCCAGUUUCAUCACCAAAAGAAUUUGAGACUUCAUUUUUCAAAACUUAUAAUCCACCAAGGAGAAAGCCGUUAUUAGAUAUUAAUCCGAGGUCUAUUGAGCCUUGGGAAUCUACAAGAGUGACUUUACUUGGUGAUGCCAUCCAUGCCAUGAAUCCUGUCUUGGGUUUAGGAACAAAUAGUGCAUUAUUGGAUGCCGAUUUGCUUGUAAAAUGUCUUUCAAAUUAUGAAAAAGAUGGAUAUAAGCAGUGUAUACAAAAUUAUGAAAAUAUUUUAAGAAUAAGAGCAUCCAGAGAG